GGAGCUGAUGGGGGGCUGCUGACCUAUUACUGUGGCUCUUUGGCAAUGUACAUUGGUAAAUUCUGGUUCCUUUUCAGGCUCAAGUUGGCCACCCCUGUUCUAGGGCUAGAACCCAGGGGUUAUUAUCCCUCUUGGUUUUCCCUCCCCUCCUCUGUGCUCCAGAGAGGAACUGCAUACUGUGUCCCUACAGCCUCUUCUCGCUGCAAGCUUCCUGUCUUUAUAAUCUAGCAUACCCUGACCCCACCUGACACUCUUUUUCAAGUAACCUGCCUCUCCCUCCAGCUGCAGCCAGGUACCCUAACUGGCCCCCUCAGGUAGAUAUUUAGCCUACACAGGCCCUGAAAGGGUUAUCUGCCACAUACCAACUUUUACAUAAGUGUUGCCUUUGAUCCAGAUCAGUAGCGUCUAAAAGUUUGCACUGCUGCUUGCCAUGUUCCACCUGUUUGGUGAAGAAAGACUUGGCCUCUAGGGCCUGAUUCAGUAAAGUCCUUAAGCACUUGCCUAACUUUAAGCAUAUGAGUAGUCUUAUUGUCUUCAUUGGAAGUAUUCACAUUCUUAAGUAACUUGCUGAAUCCUAGGGCUGUUAACGCAGCCUUUGGUCCAUGAACUUAAUUAACCUGACAUUAAAACAUUCUCUUUAAAACGGAUUUAAAUGAUAUAAUAUGUAUUAACUAUGUAGUGUUUUAAACAGAUCUUUAAGAAACAGGCCUGAUUUGGGACAGGACUGCAAGAAAGUUUUUUUUUUUUUUUUUUACUUCUCAUGGUGAAAAGUGAAGCUUAUCUUCUGUUGCCCUUUUUAAAGCUCUUUGUAUGUCUUUCAAGCUCUAUCAUUGUCUAUCCUCAGGCCGCUGGAAUAAGGCAGGUGUGGACUGAAUCUAGCCAGAUUGCCCUUUCUGAAAUGAUCACCUCUACUUCAAAGGAACAUGGAGGGGCUGGUGGAUGAGGAGGAAGGAGGCUAGUAUUGGGGGGGGACAGGGAAAUACAUUGUAGGAGGGAAGAUAUACACUGGUGGAACAGAAAGGUUAGAGAAGGAGGCAGGGGAAUGUCUGAGGAGGGAAAGAAUGAUAGUUCCCCAUACUAGGAGUAAAGAGAGUGUAAGUGCUAUUCCUCUCUGAGCUGUUGUGGGUAGGCCCACAUGAUUUUGUAUGUUUUCAAGUUGAAUUUUCUUCCUGAAAUGAUCAUGUGCAUGGUUGGUGUGGGAGCUUUCCCCUUCAAGUUAAAAUAUUACAAGAGAACAAAACCCUCUCCUGUUCAUUUAUUUUAAAAAUCUCAGUAUUUUGUGUAGGGGGGAGUUUGAGCUGACAUUAUUAAUUAGGGGUCAUCAUAGUACACAGAUUAUUUUUGUUAUUUAUAAAAAGCAAUUUUUUAUGGAUUUACAUGGUUGAUUCCAGAAUGUCUCUUAAAAUGUUAGAUCCCAGUCUUGCAAACAUACACAUUUAAAAUUAGGCAUGUGCACCAGUGCAUUCAGGAUUGGAGCGGAAGACUGUAAGUGCUUUGGGGCAUGUUUUACUAUCUGACAGUACGGUGACUAGCACAAUGGGACAUUUACCCAUUUGCAGCCUCUUGACCCUACUAUAAUACAAAUAAUACAUAUUAUUACAACUAAUUGUGCCUUCAGUAGACAAAAAGUAUAGGCCAAUGAACUAAUGGUAUUGUUGUUUUGGAGAUCUUGCUUCAGUUACAGGCUGUCUUUAGGGGCCAAGAAGACCUAGAUGAAGUGCUGCGUGUGUUCACCAACAGCCCUGUGAUUAAUGGAAGUAUUACCCAUCACUGUCUCAAGACUGAUGUUCCCCUUAUUUUCAAGGAUGGUGUCAGCAAGGUUGCAAGAGAACCACAUGCCAGUGCUUCAAAAGCUGCAUAUCAGCUGGUGAUUUUCCCCUUUCCCCAUGCAAGCUUUGAAGUAAAGCAAAGAAGUGAAAUCCCUUGAGAGUAGUCUGUAAAGUGAUUGCUAGGAUUCCACAACAGAGGAGGUGCAUGCUUCUCUUGAUCUGAAGUCCAAUCACUACAGUUAAACCAUAAAAGAAGUGGAACAGUUAUGCUAGCUCCAAAAAGCCAGAGAUAGUGGUUUGAGAGCCUGCAUUCCUCUGCGAGCAAGGACAACUACAUGUGGCUCUUGUUAUUUGGCCUCAAGUGAAUUCACUAGCUGUGUAAAAGGUGUCAGGCUGGGUUACACCUUUUAGCAGUAAGUAGAGGAGCAGUUGCCCAUCACCACAUUCUGAGAGCUCCUGAAAUUAAGGACUGGAAACAUUUCAGAACAUUCUGGCCAACCUCUUCUAUGUCUCGGAGAAGAGAUAGUAGUAUGCCAUGGCAAAUAAUAUCAAAUGCCACAGACAGAUCCUGGAGGCUGUGUAGGCAACCUGCCUGAAUCUAUGGAUAGCAGAAGAUCAUCCAUCAACUCUGCCAAUGCCCUCUGUUCCAUUACCAGGAAUGGACUCUGACUGAGAGAUUUCCAGUAUAUUGUUGGUUGAUGGUGCUGGAUGCCUUUGCUAUCACAUGUGAAUUUUCUUCUUGGCACAACCACACAGUCUCACUUAUCUCCACUUGCCUAUAAUGGCAAUCUACUGCUUGGUCCAAAUAAUGUAUAAGAAAAUAUUUCUCUGACCAUUCAGAGAAGCUGGGAGGGGGAACCCUGAUAGGAGCUGCCAAGAAGUUGUAAUCUGCUUCUCUCGCCUUCAGAUCCUGAGUACUGGGAUUGAUCAUGUCGUUCCGAUUUGGACAACACCUCAUCAAGCCCUCGGUUGUGUUUCUGAAGACCGAACUGUCCUUUGCUCUUGUAAAUAGGAAGCCAGUGGUGCCUGGGCAUGUCCUUGUUUGCCCGCUCCGGCCGGUGGAGCGUUUCCGUGAUCUGCGGCCUGAAGAAGUGGUUGAUUUAUUUCAAACGACACAAAUGGUUGGAAAUGUGGUGGAGAAGAAACAUUUCUGUGGCACUUCACUCACCAUUUCGAUUCAGGAUGGUCCUGAAGCUGGGCAAACUGUGAAGCACGUUCAUGUCCAUGUUCUUCCAAGGAAGGUUGGAGACUUCAGCAGAAAUGACAGUGUCUAUGAUGAGCUGGACCGUCACAACAAAGGAGAAGAGGACUCCCCUGUCAAGUGGAGGUCUGAGGAUGAAAUGGAAGCCGAAGCAGCAAGCCUGAAGAAAUAUUUUCAGUAAAAUCUGAGGUGAGACAAUCUGGAACAAAUCCUGGAGCAUAAGAAAACCAAAAAAGGGACUCAUUCUCCAGCAGUCUGUGACAUUGGACCUGCAGCUAACCCACUUAGAUGACAUUCUACAAACAAUGGAUUCGUCCAAGAAACACUCUAUUGUACUGUUGGAUAUUAGUGGGGUUGAAUUUCAGCUAAGUCGACUGACAGACUGGAUUCAACACAACCUAAUGGCUCAUAUUUUCUGAAUGAUGUACGUGGGAAUUUUACAAUUGGCCUUGGGCCUCAACUGAAAUUAAAUAUUAGCAGCAAUAUUUGUCUGGUGUGUUACAUUACAAAACAUUGGCUCCAUGUUGUGCCUAACGACAUUCUGUUUGUAAUGUAGUGUAGCGCAGAAAAAUUACAUCUUUUAGUACUACUAUGCCUCUCAGAAACCAAAGCUUUGUUAUAGCCUAGAUACGAUAAGCCUGGAGAGCUCCAUUUUGCUAGAUAAGAUAAUAGAACAAGAAAUGCAUAAACUUUCUUAAGAGCAUACGUUCCACUCUUACUUUUAAUGAGUUGGUACAAAAUGUGAAGCCGCUCAUGUGGUAUUCAGCACAUUACAGACUAUGAUGUAAGGGUUGUUGCUUGCAACAAAGCAUGUUAACUUUGGUUGGUUGUUAUUCACUUGAUGUACUCGCUCAGUAAUAAUGAUCAUCUGCAGAGCUGCUCUGAGUCGUUUAGCUGUUUACUGCCAGUACAUCACUGAGAAUAUAUGGCUGAAAUGAAGGCAAAUGGACAUACAAUAUCCUGGCAAGAGCCCUGAACUGAAGCACCAGUGGUGGCAUUCUUGAACUUUGGCUCCUGAUCUCAACCUGAGUUUUGCAGCUCAGGUCUACAGUUGUCACUAGAAGAAGGCAGCUUUUGUCAUCCCUUGCCACACAGUGGUAUGUGGGACAACUGUGUUCUUAAGGCAGAAUGGGUGAGAACGGCAGUAGCUCAAAUACUCUGUGAUUGCUGCUUUAAACCAUGGCAACCUGUACACCAUCUUUGCAGUGAGGUUGGCAUGGGCCAUCAGCCAUGAACAUACCUGAACUUCAGAGAAGUUUGGAGUCAGAUCCAAAUCAGGAUUCAAAUGCCACCAGAUUGACCCGACGCUGCAUCAAACAAAUCAAACAUGCCAGAAAAUGUGUAAAUAAAUAAUUCCUCCAGGAGUGUCACUGAAGCACAGUCUGAUUUGAGACUUAGUGGAAAUGCCCUGGGUAUACACAGUGCUUGGGCCAAAGUCCGGCCAGGACCAGGGAUAAAUUUGACCUAUUGACUUAGAAACGCUGCUGAGCAAAUACAGAGAGUAACAUCAGGAGCAAAACAAACACAUUCGGCUAGAGUUAGGCUUGGCAGAAUUCAUUUUUUUAAUACUUGUGACAGAUAAUAGCAAUGUUUAUUUGUAAGUAUUUUUCCAAUUAUUAUUGAUUACAAUUUUCACAGUUACACAGAAUUAUGGGGUUUUAUGCAUUUUUUUCAGUUUUCAUCAAUUUAAAUUUUCACAGUUGCAGGAAAUGCUGCGGGAGGAAGUCAGACAGUUAUUUAAUGACAGGAGAGAUUGAGAUUCAAACAGUUAAAACUUUAUAACCACCAGCAUCACAUGGUCAAACUGUACAAAGUAAAUACCCUCAAAUCAAA